UUGGUUGAUUUUGUGCGGCUGACGGUCGGAAGUGACACAUGUCUCUACACCAAUACAUGAUCACCGGACCGUCCCGUCCAGCUCUCGGAGUGCGAUUCUUGCAGUCUUCAUAGGUUAUUCACGACAUACCGGCGCGUGUCAUCCGAUCAUGUCUAAGGACACAGAGGCCAAGAGCGAGGAGAUUAUGGAGUCGAAGGUGCUGUGGUACCCGGACUCUAAACGAAACACACAAAUGGACCGAUUCCGGAUUCAAGUGAACCGGGACUUCGACUUGAAUCUGGCUAAUUAUAAUGACCUGUAUCAGUGGUCCGUGGACAGUUAUCCAGAGUUCUGGGCACAAGUUUGGAAAUUCUGUGGCAUCACCUGUUCAAAGAUGUAUGAGGAGGUGGUUGAUGUGUCUAAAAGGAUAUCCGAUGUACCCGAGUGGUUCAAAGGCAGCAGACUGAAUUACGCAGAAAACCUGCUCAAUCACAAAGACCAGGACAAAGUGGCUCUCUAUGCUGCAACUGAGGCGAAAGAAGAGAUCGUCAAGGUGACUUUCGGAGAGCUGAGGCGUGAUGUCGCUCUCUUCGCUGCCGCUAUGAGGAAGAUGGGCAUCAAAACUGGAGACAGGGUCGUAGGAUAUCUUCCCAAUGGGAUUCAUGCUGUUGAGGCUAUGCUCGCUGCUGCCAGUAUUGGUGCCAUCUGGAGUUCAGCCUCUCCAGAUUUUGGUGUCAAUGGAGUUCUAGACCGGAUUUCUCAGAUCCAGCCGAAGUUGAUGUUCUCAGUAGCAGCUGUUGUGUACAACGGCAAGCAACACGACCAUAUGGAGAAACUCCAGAAUGUUGUUAAAGGUCUCCCUGACCUGAAGAAGGUUGUGGUCAUUCCAUACGUUCGCUCUCGACAAGAGACUGACCUCUCCAAGAUUCCCAACAGCGUGUUCCUGGAAGACUUUUUGGCUAUGGGUAAAGAAGGGGAUCAAGACCCUCAGUUGGAGUUUGAGCAGCUGCCCUUCUCUCAUCCUCUCUUCAUCAUGUACUCUUCUGGCACCACAGGAGCUCCCAAGUGCAUGGUGCAUUCUGCUGGAGGCACUCUCAUCCAGCAUCUCAAAGAACACAUUCUCCACGGCAACAUGACCUACAGUGAUGUCAUCAUAUAUUAUACUACGACGGGCUGGAUGAUGUGGAACUGGCUGGUGUCCUCUCUAGCUGUUGGGGCUUCUGUGGUCCUGUACGAUGGCUCCCCUCUUCUUCCCAGUGCCAAUGUGCUCUGGGACCUUGUAGACCGUUUGGGAAUCACGAUUUUUGGGACUGGAGCGAAAUGGCUGUCUGUAUUGGAGGAGAGAAAUCUAAAACCCGUAAACACACACAGCCUGCAGUCCCUCCACACACUCCUCUCUACAGGAUCUCCAUUGAAGCCUCAGAGCUAUGAGUAUGUGUACAGCUGUAUUAAGAACAAUGUGCUCCUGGGAUCCAUAUCAGGUGGCACAGACAUCAUUUCAUGCUUCAUGGGUCAGAACAUGACGGUGCCGGUUUACAGAGGGGAAAUUCAGGCCCGAAAUCUGGGCAUGGCCGUGGAGUCCUGGAACUGUGAAGGUAAAUCUGUUUGGGGUGAGAGUGGGGAGUUGGUGUGUUUGAAGCCCAUCCCGUGCCAGCCCACUCAGUUUUGGAACGACGAGAAUGGCAGCAAAUACCACAAAGCCUACUUUUCUACCUUCCCAGGAGUCUGGGCCCAUGGUGAUUACUGUAAGAUAAAUCCAAAAACGGGAGGAGUCGUCAUGCUGGGGAGAAGUGAUGGAACCUUGAAUCCUAAUGGUGUUCGUUUUGGGAGCUCAGAAAUAUAUAACAUUGUGGAAGCCUUUGAGGAAGUGUCCGACAGCCUUUGUGUCCCUCAGUACAACAGCGAUGGAGAGGAGCGGGUGAUUCUGUUCUUAAAGAUGGGACCCAAAAACAGCUUCACUCAAGAGCUAGUGGGGAAGAUCCGUGGGGCUAUCAGAGUGGCUCUCUCUGCCCGACACGUACCAGCCUUGAUACUGGAGACCAAAGACAUCCCAUACACUAUCAGCGGAAAGAAGGUCGAAGUUGCAGUAAAGCAGGUGAUUGCAGGUAAGGACGUCACUCAGCGAGGGGCCUUCUCAAACCCAGACUCCUUGGACCUCUACAAGAACCUACCUGAACUCCAGAACUUCUGAGCACCUGCAUGAGGUACAUCUGAACUCCUCACAGUCCUGUGUUUCUGGGCCCCUUCGAAGGGUUCAGGAUCUCUCGACACCUGUUGGAACUUUGCACCAUCUGGAGGAAUUCCUUGAGCUUUCAAACUUCAAAGUUCUUAGUUUUCUCUACCGGUUGUGGAUCCAUUGGAACUGAUGGAGUCUGUACAUGUAACACGUCCUCGGUAGAGUAACCGGGUUCCUGUUGGGUAGAAAGUUGAGUGCCAUUUUAUGAGAUUCCAACUUGGAUCUCAAAGGGACAUUUUAUCUAUUCUGUUAUUGCGUCCACCAAGCGUUAUUUCCAAGAGACGUAGCGAACUCGCAAGUAAUUCAAAAAUUAUAAAUAAUUCUUAACCUACCAUGUCAUUCCCAUAUUUUCCCUCUCAUAUUUUGAUACAAUGUCACUUUGUCCCGUAAUGAAGGUGUAGGAAAAUCUAAUUGAAAAAUGACUGUAUUUCUGCUUUUAAAUCUUCAUGAGUUAAAUACACUGAUAUGUUACUGAACUCCACAAAUGUAAGGUUAUUUUUCUUGUGUUAAAGAUGAGAGCAAUUUCUCUAGUAAUACUGACCGUCUGGGUGAAAUCAACUGUUUUCUGUAAAUAAUAACUUUAUGAAUCAAAGUAUUACUGGUACAGAUUCCUGAAUUAUAAACUGUUGCUGUAAUAAAGUCAGUGCAGCUUUUCCAUUUUUUCCCCCCAAAGCCUGACUUCCUCUCUGGAAAAAAAGAAUAUAUUUAUAUUUUUGAAUCAAAGAUAUCAAAUGAGUAAAUAGUGAUUCAUCACAUCUGCUCUAUUUGUAGAGUAUAUUAUACUGUCCAGAACUACUCUCUGUCGUCUGCUGAGUGUAGAUUUACCUGAAGCUGUUGUAGCUCACUGGCCAAAAAGAUUUCCAUAUAUUUUUCCAUAUAUACUGUAUAUAAAUGCAGCUGCAUGUUGUGUGCUACACGUCGCAGUGACACUUUUUGGUCUCUUUCGGUAUGCCUUUAUAUCAGGUUGUGAAAAGUUUUCAUCAACUGAAGCUCAUCUUCAUUCUUUGAGCCCUUCUUUGGGAUAUGAAGUCAGCAAUUCCGAUGCAAUGACAUGAAAUCCAGACAACCUUGUAAUAUUAGAUUAUUUGAAUCUAUAAUUUUUGCUUUAGGAGUAAAGGGAAGAAAUUCCAGGCAGUCGAAAUGUCUAGGAUAUAAUCUAAAACAACAACGAAAUAUAGAAAAUACUGAUUUAUGUUGGAUCAGAUUGAAGUUGGUUGACGUGUCCCGAAGAUGCGUUUACAUUAGCUUUGCGACAUAUCACAGAAAUAUUUACCAACACAUUUGCAGCAGGCUUCUCAUCCAGUCAUUGACACUGAGAGAGGAUAUGCUGCAAUUGCUCGCAACAAAUCCUUUUUGUGCUAAUGAUGUUAUUUCAGGAGUUGUUUACAACAAAGAAGCCUGGCAGGCUAGUAUUGAUGUUGAUUUCAAGUUUUAAUGGGUCAAGUUUCUGACCUCAGUGAGGACCCCUCGCUUGCUUUCCUGAAAGAAACGACACAAUACAGACUUUAAAAAUUUUUUUUUAUAUAUCAAAGCUUAGACAAUACUCAAAAUGGUGGAUGGGCCAUUUAAAAGGCAAAUUUCUUUGAAAUUGAAAUCAUUCUGUAUAGAGGUGCAGAUGGCAAGCACUUGUGCAGAUCGCUUGAAUUAAAUCAGACCGUAUUUCCGCUUCAGACAAGCAGGGACGGUCUGUUUCACCUCAUGCCCACCCUUGUGCCACCAUAUGCCCCAUAUCUGCUCAGUCUUGCUGACCGGACUCGCCUGGUCUGGGACUGUGGCCACCUAAUCCUUAUUUAUUGAUAGUCACUGUGGAUUUUGCUGUACAUUACCACUUGUCGCAAACUGUUUUUGUUCCCCCAACAUUUAUUCGAUUUUUCCAUACUCAGCAAUUUCAUAAACAUUCCAUGGAGAUCUUUUCCAUUUUAUUACCAUGUUGUUUUUCCUUUUUGAUACAUGGAAAUACUGGAAAUAUGUAUUAUUUUAGUUUUUUUUGGUUAAGGUUCUUAUUAUAGUAUUACAUUAAAUGUAUUUGGUGUAUUACUAGUAAAUGAAAGGUGCUCUCUUCUCGGUGACUAAUGCAAUAUUCCUGCAUCGAAAUAAUAUAAUUGUACAUCGCUGAAUGUGAAUCGUGACAACUACUUAUAUAGCUGAGAAUAUAUUUGUUCUGAAUAUAUUAUGCCUAUAUGCUGUAUCUCAAUGGUCCACUUCAGUUGUGUCCACUAGGAGCAUUUAUUUCAUGUAUAACAAUACUUAUUGUACUCCUUAUUAAAGAACUAAGAAAUAA